CUUUUUUCACAGUAAAACACAAACUCGCUUCACUACCGACUCACUCCCACAUCUCCAGCCUCCAGAAGCGCUCCUCCUUCUCCUCCUCCUCCUUCUUCUCCUCCUGCUCCUCUCUGUCCGUCUCUGCUGCGUUUCAUCCAAAAAGAAAAACAAUCUAGCCACCAUGGUUUCCCACAAGGAGUUUCAAAAUGCAGGGAAAGAGCCUGGGCUGCAGGUCUGGCGUAUUGAGAACAUGGACCUUAAGCCUGUUCCCAAAGCCCUACAUGGCAGCUUUUACACCGGGGACGCCUACCUGCUGCUCUUCACCACCUCUGCACCGUCCUACUGCCUUCACAUGUGGCUGGGCAACGAGUGCUCGCAGGAUGAAUAUGGUGCGGCGGCCAUCUUUGCCACACAGCUGGAUGACUUCCUGGGCGGUGGGCCGGUCCAGUUCAGGGAGAUGCAGAACAACGAGUCCACCACCUUCCUGGGAUACUUCAAGUCAGGCAUCAAGUACCAGAAAGGAGGCGUGGCGUCUGGCUUCAAGCACGUGGUCACCAAUGACAUGAGCGUGAAGCGCCUGCUUCACGUGAAGGGUCGCAGGGCCAUCAGAGCAACAGAGGUGGAUUUGUCCUGGUCCAGCUUCAACAAAGGAGAUUGCUUCAUCAUUGACCUAGGAAAGGACGUGUAUCAGUGGUGCGGCAGCGAGUGUAACCGCUUUGAGCGCCUCAAGGCCUCCCAGGUGGCCAUUGACAUCAGAGAUAAUGAAAGAAAUGGGCGAGCCAAAGUGCACAUGGUGGAGGAGGGCAGCGAGCCUUCGGAAAUCAUAGAGGCUCUUGGACCCAAAUCUGCCAUUGCUCCCAGCACUCCGGAUGAUGACAAGGUGGACACCUCCAACAAGAGGAAGGGCGCCCUCUACAUGAUCUCAGAUGCCUCUGGGUCCAUGAAGGUGUCCUGCGUGGCUCAGUCCAGUCCAUUCAAACAGGCCAUGUUGUCCCCUGAUGAAUGCUACAUCCUGGACAACGGGGUGGACAACAACAUCUUUGUUUGGAAAGGUCCGAAGGCCAAUCCUUCUGAGCGUAAAGCGGCCAUGUCUGCAGGGCAGCAGUUCAUUAAAGACAAGGGAUACAGCAAUAAGACACAGAUCCAAGUCCUUCCUGCAGGGGCAGAAACAAUCCUGUUCAAGCAGUUUUUUAGUGACUGGAGGGACAAGGAUGAGACAACAGGACCAAGCAAGGCCUACACCAUUGGCCGCAUCGCCAAGGUGGAGCAAGUUCCCUUUGAUGCCUCCUCUCUGCACUCAAACGCAACCAUGGCGGCCCAGCACGGCAUGGUGGAUGACGGCAAAGGCAAGGUCCAGAUCUGGCGCGUCGAGGGCGGAGACAGGGUACAGGUGGAUCCUUCAACCCACGGCCACUUCUACGGCGGAGACUGCUACCUCAUCCUCUACAGUUACAGAAAGGGCAGCAGGGAGCAACACAUCAUUUACACCUGGCAGGGGCUGAAGUGUACGCAGGAUGAACUGGCAGCUUCGGCGUUCCUCACAGUCAAGCUGGAUGACUCAAUGGGAGGAUCCCCAGUUCAGGUGAGAGUGACUCAGGGUCAGGAGCCUCCCCACCUGAUGAGCCUCUUCCAGGGCAAACCCAUGAUCAUCCACAGUGGGGGAACUUCUCGUAAAGGUGGGCAGUCUCAGCCUGGCAGCACCCGUCUCUUCCACAUCCGUCAGAGCUCUUCCGGCGCCACCCGUGCUGUAGAGGUCGAGGCCUCGGCUUCCAAUCUGAACACCAACGACGUGUUCGUGCUGAAAUCCCCCAAAGGCCUGUUUGUGUGGCGCGGCGUGGGAGCCAGCGAGGAGGAGAUGAACGCGGCCAAGCACGUUGUUGGCUUUUUGGGCGGCAGUCCCAACAAUGUCUCAGAGGGCAAGGAGCCAGCUGAUUUCUGGUCAGUUCUGGGCGGCAAAAAGGAGUACCAGACCUCAAAGAGCCUGCAGGGCACAGCCAGACCUCCUCGUUUGUUCGGUUGCUCCAACAAAACAGGAAGACUCAUCGUGGAAGAGGUACCAGGAGACUUCACACAGUCAGAUCUGGCCACUGAUGACGUCAUGAUCCUGGAUGCUUGGGAUCAGCUCUUCCUUUGGGUCGGCAAUGAGGCCAACGACGAGGAAAAGAACGCAGCGCCCAAAAUAGCCAAAGACUACGUGGACUCAGACCCGUCUGGUCGCAAAGGGCUGCCCAUCACCACCAUCAAGCAGGGCGCAGAGCCUCCCACUUUCACAGGUUGGUUCCAGGCCUGGGAUGCCAAGAUGUGGGACAAGGAUCCACUGGAUAGAAUCCGCGCCCGCUUCUGAACACAAAACCCCAGCCUUAUCCUCUGCACUCUGCCCUUUUUUCUAUCAGCUCUCUACAUUACAGUAUAAUUCCUGCUUUAAUCAAAUACCUAAGUGCCAAUACCAAUGUUAUUACAUUUAUGAGGUUGAAUAGCUCCACUAUGGUUCAUUCAUCUCUCAGUUUGGGCUUCUUGCCUUUGGAUUGUCAGGAAGAACCUGAAUAAAAUAUAAACAGUCUGUCCUGUUUCUAUCUCUUAGCGCUUUAUUCUUCGGUUUAUAAACUAGUAGCGAAACCAUCUCCAUUACCUGUUAUUUCUUUUUGCAUCAUGUUUAGUUAAACAGAACAUAUUCCAUGAAUUACAUCCUACUCUUUGUUGUUGACUUUUCUGCUUGUUAAAUUUAAAACAUGCUCUGUAAGAUCUGUAGACGGAAUAUUUGUCUUCAUGGCUUUUUAAAUCACCCUGAUAUAUUCAUGUGAAUGGCUUUUAAAUAAAACUUUUUAGU